AUUAUUUUCGCCAGCCCAUGGACGAGGGUGCGAUCUACACGCUGGACGAGGCGCAAGCCGCCGUCGCGCGCAUGCAGAGUGCGCUGAGCGCCAUCUCGGCCGAGUGCUCGCUCGAAGGCGCGGGCACCGAGGCGACCUUCCUCGAGAAGACGGGGUCGGCGAUGACCGACACCAAGUCCACGGCGCGCCAGCUCGCAACGUUCCUCGACGCCGAGAAACGGCGCAAGACGACCGACAAGUCCAAGCUCAAGGACCUCCGGAAGAGCUACAUUGACGCCGUCAAGCAGCUCCAGGACGUCGAGCGCAUCUACGCGCGUCGCCACGAAGCCGUCAUCGAAUAUGACUUGAUCAAGACGGCGUGCAUCUCGACGGACGACCUCCAAAAGGCGAAAGAGGACCGCGACAUGGCGCUCGAGGUGGCCGAGGACGCGGUCCAAGUCAACAAGGCGUUCAUUGCGGUCGAGACGAUGGUCAAGGCGCAGACAGGCAUGAUCACGCAGAUCCGCAACCAAACCGAAGAGAUCAAGCUCGAAAUUGGCGCGAUCGUCGACGAAGCCGAAGUCACGCGGCAGGUGCAGCGUGCGCACAUGCAGAAGAAAUGCCUCAUCGGGACCGUCGCGCUCCUCAUCAUCGCUGCCAUCGUCGUGCCCAUCGUGCUAAAUUACGCACUCGUAUGAGCCGUCAAAACAGCAAAUCAAUUGGUCUUUAGUCCGCUCU